CCGCGCCGUGCAGUUCCGUGUAGCUCCUCGCGGCGGUAAAUCGUGAUCAAGUGAUCGGAUCGUGUAAGUGGCGGCCAUCGCAUUCAGUGAAAUCAUAAAAAAAAACGUAGUGCUACCGCGCAAAACAGCUGUGCAAAAGUGCUGUGCGGCAUUCUGGGUGAAUCGGAUACGGAAUAAGGGUUAGAUGUGGUGAUUACAACCGGUUUCAAACCACCAAGUUGUGCAAUUUGUGGAUAAAAACGCGACGUUUGUUGUGGCUUCGGCGAGUGCCGGCCAUCUGCUCUUCUCUUGUUCAUUCGUGUGCGCGUGUGUUUAUCAUUGUGAGAUUCGUCUUCUUUCCGGUCAAACCGGCUCCUCUGCGAGGGGGGGCUAACUGUUGUUAAAUCGAAUCUCGUGCAGGUAUUACCCGGUACGUGAUUUCCUCUUGCCCAUUGUGAGUGAGGCUAGUGAAGGAAAAGUGGACGCACGGCGGGAAAUCGGUUUGUCGGAAACGCAAAGCCUACCGCCAUCGUCGAAGUGCGCACGUUUGCAAGCACGAGCUGCGGUGACGUCGUUGGGAGUGUAUGGUGCAACACAACAACUCCCCCGCCUACUACGCGUGGUUGUAAUAGUUUCGGGCACGUUGUACAUCCAGCCAGUGUUGCAUAAACUGCCUAGCGAGCCUCCCCAUCUAUCACCAAACAUCGGCAGAAAUCGAUCGUGACUAGAGAUGGUGGAUUGGUUGCGUCGAACGUAGAGAGAGAAAUAAAACGUUUGUGAUCUCCCGAGAUAUGCGCUCCGAGAAGACGGUGCCGAGUGAUAAACGUUGCUCGAGCGUGGCCAGCACGGCUUGAUUGCAGUGGAAACCCACGGAACAGGUUCUAGAACGAGGCGGUGCAAAGAAGUGAUCUAGAACGAACGCAACCGUCGUCUUUCGGACGGUUUCGCAUAUUAAGUUUCCCGAGCGACGUGAUACCGGAACGGCAAAACAUGUCGGAUAUCUGUGACUUUGAGUGGUCCAACAAUCGGUACCGCCACAAUCUGACCAUCUCGGAGCUAAAGAUGGGAUUCAAUCGAAACGAACCGACCGAUCGCAGCCGUGCACUGAUCGCCCUGAAGGAGCUGAUCGGAGCGAGCCGCGAUUACGCGCUCAAGGACAAAUCUUGCUUCCAGGAUGACGAGUUUCUGUUCCGCUUUCUGUACGCCCGCAAGUUCAACGUCAACGAAGCGUUCCAGCUGAUCAUCAACUACCACGCGUACCGGCAGCGCAAUGCCGUGCUACUGCAGCGCCUUUCCGUCCUAGACGAAACGAUACAGAUCGCCCUACGGGAUGGGUUUCCGGGUGUGCUACCGAAUCGCGAUCGACGGGGCCGCAAGGUGCUCGUGUUCUUUACCGCCAACUGGGACUACGCGUCCUACUCUCUAGUCACGGUGUACCGGGCGAUGCUGCUGACGAUCGAGAAGCUGCUCGAGGACAAACAGAACCAGGCUAACGGUUUCAUUGCCAUCGUCGACUGGACCAACUUUACGUUCCGCCAGUCCUCGAACCUGAACCCGAAAGUGCUCAAACUCAUGAUUGAAGGUUUACAGGAUUGUUUCCCGGUUCGGUUCAAGGCGAUCCACUUCAUCGGUCAACCGUGGUACGUCGAAGCAGCGCUCGCUGUCAUUCGGCCGUUCUUGAAGGAGAAAACACGCGAUCGGAUAAAGCUGCACGGUAGCAAUCUGUCCACGCUGCACGAUUGUGUCGCACGCGACAUCCUACCGACCGAGCUCGGUGGGGAGGGGCCAACGUUCAAUCCGCUCAACUGGUACCACGAGCUGCUCGAAUCCAGCCAAACCGUCACCAAACCGGCCCCAUCGUACUGCUUAAGUCAACCGCAGAUCUACACCAAAACGCCGGCCCAGUUCGUGCCCGGAGUCGGGGAACACCGGAAGGGUGAUCUUUCGCCGGUCGGGCACCCCUCCUCACCUUCACCAUCGCCACCGUCCUCGCUUUCGUCGUCGCAUGGUGCGGAGUUUCUUAAAGCGGCCACCAAGGCGGCCGCCGUCAAGAUCGGUGUCCUGACGGCGAAGGCAAACGAUCCGGCCACCAACACGCUACUCGGUGUGACGACCGGUGCCGGCGGUGGGUGCGAUUUGUGACGCACAACGCCACCGAUCGAGGCGCCGCCAAAAGACUGGAUCGUUUCAGUGGCCACCGAUGGUAGUGGCCACCGGCGACGGCCGCACUGCGCCAUGAUGAUCUCAUAUCAGGUACGGCAACAAUCGUGGUGGUAAAAGGGCGAAACGGUGACGCACAGGGUUUUGAGAAAGUUGCUAAGGCGGAUAUGGCGGAAAGGCCGGGUGAAAAGCGUUCUUCCUAAAGCCGAGCUAGGGACUAGGGAGAGUUAAUCACAUUCCAUUACCUUCGCAAGAUAAGACAUGACAUACCCCCCCUUAACCCAUCAUCAUCAUCAUCUCGUGCAGGGAAGAUGCAGCCUUCUAUCCCUACAACCAACAUUGUUUUCCCCCCACCAUUCCGAGAGCACUCGACGAGAGUCCUUGGAGCAGUUGGGUCAAGGUUGCCUUUGCUUCCGGAUCCCGUUCGCCUUCUACGAUCAUGCGACGAUCCAUUUUUCUUCUUUUGUGGCGGCGUUGUACGUCUUCCCCAGGGCCAGGUGGUGCUGGGUGGAAUGGAAAUAGUUCAGCUCCAUGACUGUCGGGAGUUCCUUUUUCGACGGCGACGGCGACAAGCUGCGAGUCAUAAUAUGGCACUGUUGUGUGCUUGGCGAUCGAGCCACACGAUCAUUGCGGUCAGUAAUGUGACACCGUUGCAUUUGCGGUCGAUACCCAUGUUUGGGGUUGGACGGAGAAAGGCCGAGGGCACCGACGCACCACCAAACCCGUUUGCUGCUUCAUGGCCAACUUGACUUACUUUUGACAGGUGUGGUGCGUAUUCUACAGAGACUGUAGACUAGAUUGUACGGAGAAGGGUGGAGUAUGCUGGAAUAUAGAGGUUCACAUCAUUUUGGAGCAUUUUAUGGCAGUGUAGCGGAAAGGUAUUACACAGAAACAGUUCUAAAAAAACGCCAAAACACCACCAAAACAUUUUAAACCCAAUUACUUCACUAACUGCAGAGUACGUGGAAAUGAAAUUUGUGAAAUUUUCUUCGACUUGACAGCUUAGCUUACUUUGAUCAAAUAUUCUUUCAACCCCAAACCCGUCGCAAAACUCGAUAACGCACCACAAACACUUGCCUUGGGGUCUCUCCUCCUAGGGGAUAGGGCUUUCAUGCAUAUUUAACGUUCGUUUGCACCGUUGGGAGACCCUAGGCCGGACGGUGGAUUGUUCCCCGGUCAUACAUAUGCGUCACACGGCCCCUUGCACGAACUUUGUGGUCAAGCAGGGCACAACGCGGCUGCUACACACGCUGCACGCUGCCACCGUUCGCCAUUCAACCCAUUGAGCAGGUGGCGCCAUUACACAGCUGCUGCGGCUGUCCCUUGGACACAAACUGGACCCUUCGUUAAGCGACUACCACAUACAGGCGCUCCCAACCACAAACACACACUGCUGGCACCUUGAUUGCGGAUAAUCGAUCGAUCGGCAUCGUCGCCGUCGUCGUCGUCGUCGGUUGUUGUUUGUGGCGCUCGAUUCCUGUCGACGCAUUUUCUCCCUACACAAACUCACACACCGGAGACAGAAGAAUCGAAGGAGGAAGAGCAGUAAUGGCAGCAAUUAUGCCAGCAAAAAAAAGGGGUGUGUGGGGAUAUUAAUUUCCAUUCGAACGGGAACGUCGAGGGUCCAAAUAUCCCUGAUUUUGCAAUUGCCACACGGUGCCAAGCGGUAGCGUAGAAUGCAGUUUCGUUUGCCCCGAAGGUUGUGCAAAGUGUUGUGACUCUUUAAUUAUUUCAUGAUCAUCGGCAACAGUCCGGUGGCAAAUCCUUGCCUACGUGUUUUUCAUCUUCUUUUCCUGUGCUCUCACCGUCUUUUUUUCCACUCGCGUCUCGAUGGCGACCACCUUGGCAUGCUUUACGAUGCUGCAUUUAAUUGCAUCCCGCGUCACGAUAAUUAUGGGCCAUGGCUUGGGCUCUGUGAAACCAGCACACCCAUACAGUGGCGAUCCAACUAUUGUCCUUCCCAGUGGCCAGGGUUCGUGUGAGGUUGAUGUGACACUUUUCCACCUCACUUCCUGGAGGCGCAUCCAUCCAUUCGUUACUUUGUAUUGCGUAGGCCCCAAGCGCAGGCACUCGACUGUGGAAGAUCUGGAAGCUGUAGGCCAAGUAUCGUUUAGGAUAGGGACAAGGGGGGGGGGGGGGGGGGGGGGGACUCAUCAACUAUCUUUCAUCACACCUUCAUUCAACUACUUCUUCUUCUUCUUCAUCGAGAGGGUAAGACUUGUACGAUGGUGAUAGUUAGUAAUGUAAUGGCAACGAAAACACCAAUUAACGUGAGGGGCCCAUCAUCGAACUUACCUUAACUUUUUCCACAACCUAAGCAGGCGGAACGAAAUGGAAACAUUAUAACUUUACUCUAUCGAAGCAGCUUUAAUCCGUUAGUUUGAUGCGUAAUGCGGCAUAAUGCAUGAUUUACUUAAAGCACAACGGAGUAUAUUCAAGGCAAAGGAACGGGCACAGAGAGUGUGAGUGCAAUGCGAUUGCACUACGAUCCUAGAUAGAUUGUAGCGAUACUAAAACGGAAUCCACAUCCGAGAGAGAAAGAGAGAAGUGAGCAAAAAAAGGGAACAACGUGAUGCGAAGAGACUAGAAAUAAGACGACAAACAUAAAAUCCCCUCCCCCUUCUAAUAAGAAUAUGGCCUUAGCAGCUGAUGGAGCUGUUGUUCAUAGGCGGAAACAAGUAGAUUUCCUCUAAUGUUAAGCAACGCUAGGUUAAGGAUAUUCAUGAUAUUAGUUAGUUCUUGUUUUGCUCCUUGCUCGCUCACUCGCUCGCUUGCUCGUAGAAACUAACAGUAAAUCCGGACCAGGACCAGGGACCAGGCAUAUUGGCAUUGGGACGUCGUGUGGAAGUGUGCAAAAGCGCGUGGAAGCAUUUUCUGCUAUUAAAUCAACAGUAAUUUUGUGCCUUUUUCGCCCAUUUCCGCCACACACAUCGCCACUAAACGCACUCAUGCGUGUUUUGCGAUGAAGCAUGAUGAGUGUGUGCCGUGUGGGUGGCAGUGUUUUUUUUUUCGAGAAAGAAGCAAAGUGAGAAGGUGAGUUCCUGUAUAAAUAAUGUGAAGCGACUCGAAAAUUGCGCCGUGGAAAGAGGGCGAUCGUUUAAAAUGCAUUUGUAAAAUAAUUCUACCGAAAAAUAAAGCAAAAUUUAAGCAGCA